GGAGGGUUAGCAUUAAGCCAGUCUAGAUUCAUUUAUGUGCACAUGGAUGAACUGAGAAGCGGCCCAUGACUGAACACUUGUUUUGGGCGGAGGUGAUUUCCUCAUUGGGCCGCGUGCCGGUUAACAACAAUCACGUUCUGUGUACUGCCGUACCCCACAAGUUGACCACAUCCCCCAUCUGUCCUAUCUGUUCGGUGUGUCUCUUCCCUUCUGAAGCACAAGAUGAAGAUUGAAAACAGGACAUUCAUUGUUUCCGGUGGUUCAUCUGGACUUGGUCUCGCGACAGUGCAAGAUUUACUCAGCUCCAAGGCAUAUGUCUCGAUAGUUGACCGUACACCUCCCCCCUUUGACGUGGCUGCCAACACAACUGUCGCGUACUUCCAAACAGACAUCACCGAGCUUGCAGAAAUUGAACGUGCGGUGGAGCAAACCGUGUCAUGGACCAAGGAAACUGGGGCCCCAUUAGGUGGGGUGAUUAAUUGCGCUGGCGUCGCCACGGCGGCCAAAAUUCUCGAUGCGAAUAACGAGCCUCAUGCUCUGGAUCUGUGGGAUUUAACGAUUGCUGUAAAUCUCACUGGCACGUUCAACCUCACUCGGUUGGCUUUGAAACAUCUGGUGGAUGUCAAACCGGAAGGCGGUGAUGGCGAACGCGGAGUGAUCGUAAUGGUCGCCAGUGCAGCUGCCUUUGAAGGGCAGCCGGGCCAGACGGCUUAUGCUGCCACAAAAGGCGCAGUUCGCUCCAUGGCUUUACCCAUGGCGCGUGACUUGGCGAGGCACGGUAUCCGCGUCGUUACCAUCGCGCCCGGUGUGUUCGAGAGCAGCAUGACCAAAAGCAUGCCGGAACGGACGCGUAAAAGCUUGAAAGAUAGCGGCUUGGUAUUCCCCCGACGGUUUGGGCUUGCGGACGAGUUUGCUAAGACGGUCCGAUGGGUACUAGAGUGUGCAUAUGUGAAUGGAGAAACCGUCAGAUUGAGUGGUGCAGGCCGUUUGCCAGGGAAACUGUAAAGGCAUGCAUUUAAAUGCUGAUUUUGUAUUAUUACACAUGGCUGUAAAUGAUUGCUACAUAGCCAAAAUCGUCCCAUAUCCGGAAGUAAUGCGUCCCUUUGGGAAAAUUUGCAUCAUCGGAGGAGUUUUGCAACCGACCG